AUGGACAGCCCAGCACCGUCGGAUCUCUUGACCACUGAGUCAAAUCCGUUCGAUCGGCUUCCACAAGAGAUCCUCGCCGUCAUCUUGCGCCACGUGGCGCCAUCCGGCACGUCCUUUCAGCACGCGUUGGUGUGCAAGCGAUGGCAUCAUGCGGCGUGCCUCGCGCAGUCAUCAGUCCACGUGGCGAAAUCUCGAGCCAUCUCCUCCCCGCGCCUCCUCCUCGCGCUCUCCCGCUUUCCCCGCCUCACCCACCUUCAUAUCGAUCGAGACGGAGUUGAUUUCUUAGACGACGGAUUUCUGACGAUUCUCGCUAAAGGUGCUUGUAACGGCAGUGACAAUAGCGAGGAGGAGCGCGAGCGUUCGUUGUAUAACGAGGACGAGGUGAAGGACGGGGAGGUGGAGGAGGAGGAGGAGGAGGAGGAUGAAGAUUACAAAGAGCAAUUCGAAGCCAUGGGCGCUGGGCGGAGAUUAGGUCUGGACGGCACUGGUAGUAGUAAAGUGGGUGCCACUGGUGGUGCAGUGGCCAGCAGUAGAACGAGCAUCAAUCGCACAGCAGCACAGCCUGCUGUCUCCUCCGGCCGCACUGAAGUGCUCUCGCUGCGCCCAGCUCCCCGUACUCUUCCGUCCCUCCAGUUCCUCCGCCCUUCCCAGCAUGCCCAGCCGUGCACCUCUCCUCUCCGCUCGCUCAUUCUCGCGGAGGACCCUCGCUCCCCGCCGCGCAUCACAGCAGCAGGCCUGGACUCUCUCUUCCUCCACUGCCGCCUCUUACGCUCCCUCUCCCUGCACUGCGGCCGUGCAGUCACCGCCCUCCCCCCCUCUAUAGUCACACUGCCUGCACUCACAUCCCUAGAGAUUGCCAUGCCCUGCCUGGGCAGUCUUCCGGAGGAUUUUGGCUCCCUGCCCGCCUUGAGGGUGCUUCAGCUGGAAAGCCCCAGUCUUAGCUCUCUGCCCGAGAGCCUCAGGCAGCUGAAAUUACUAGAAGAGCUCACUCUCCGGUGCUUGUCUGCCCGGAACCUGCCCGAUUGGAUCGGGCAGCUUAGCAGCCUCACCCGCCUGGACAUCGAAACUGAGCAGUCUAAGGGUGCUGGAGCUGGGGCUGUGCAAGAGCCUAAGGAGCCUGCCGGACUCGAUAAUGGAUUUGGGUCAGUUGGAAAGAGUGGUGGUGCUUGGGUGCAGGAGGCUUGA